GGAGGACUUCCAAUGGUUGCCUCUUCCCCCAUCUGGUUCCUUGCCGAAGCCGCAUUGCAACGCCCAAAUGGCAGAGCUACGCAACUACUUGCACGCUGCAGUACCAGCUCCGUUGAUGGAAGACAGAGUAGCGGUUGUUGACCUUUGCGAGUACAUUGCGAAGAUUGACCGCGAGUACGCCACACAACGCCACCGGAUCCACGCAUUGUACAACUUCUUGACUCCUAUGGCGAGGUCUUUGAAGCCCCCACCGGAAUCGUACCGAAUCGGCCAAUUCAUCACGAGAUCAUCCUCGAAGACGGGGCCGUACCUCCGCACAUAUAUUUACCGUAUGAGCGAGGAGGAACUCGAAGUGCUUCGAACGCAACUCGAUGACCUCAUUGACAAGGGCUGGAUUUGCCUUGGCUGCUCGCCCUACGGUGCACAUGUUGUCUUCGUUCGGAAGAAGAACAAGGAGCUACGUUUAUGCAUUGACUAUCACAAGCUUAAUGCUCAAACCAUUAACAAUGUCGACCCGCUCCUACACAUCGACGAUCUUCUCGAACGCUUGGGCGGCGCCAAGUAUUUCUCCAAGUUGGACCUCAAAUCCGGUUACCACCAGCUCGAGAUCCAUCCAAGAGAUGGGUACAAAACCGCGUUCAAGACACGGUACGGGCACUUCGAGUGGGUCGUAAUGCCAUUCGGCCUCACGAAUGCCCCRGCCACCUUCCAAGCGGCAAUGACAAUGGAGUUUCGCGACAUGUUGGACCGGUUCGUGUUCAUCUACCUCGAUGACAUCUUGGUGUAUAGUCGAACUUCGGACGAGCACAUCGUGCAUCUACGUGCUGUUUUGGACAGGCUACGUACGGCCAAGUACAAGGCCAACCGAGCCAAGUGCGAAUUCGCACAGCAGGAGCUCGAGUACUUCGGCCACUUUGUGACGCCGCAAGGUAUCAGUCCGCUUGCAGACAAGAUCAAGGCCAUUCAGGAUUGGCCGGAACUGACCAACACCACGGAGGUUUGCUCUUUCAUGGGAUUGGUCGGUUACUACCAACGCUUCAUCGGAGGAUACGCGCGGAUCGCCGCACCUUUGUCCAGAUUGCAGUCUCCACAGGUGCCCUUCCAGUUCACCGACGAAGUUCGCAGUUCGUUCCACAAAUUGAAGACGGCGUUGGUCCUCGCACCCGUCUUGAGUAUCUACGAUCCCACCUUGCUUACGAGAGUGACUACGGACGCUUCCGGCUACGGCAUGGUUGCAGUUUUGGAACAACACGACGGAGUAGAUUGGCACCCGGUUGAGUUCGCUUGGGUGACGGAUAAUAACCCAUUGACCUAUUACAAGACGCAAGACACGGUGAGCAGCACAAUUGCUCGGUGGAUGUACUUCAUCGAUCAGUUCGACUUCACACCGAAACACAUUCCGGGCCUCUCCAACCGAGCCGCGGAUGCUCUCUCGCGAAGAUCAGAUCUUUGCGCAGUGACUCACCACGCGUUCAGUUUCGACGAAGCCCUUCAUCAGCAUUUUGUGYGAGCAUACAAGUCCGAUCCGGAAUACGCCACGCUCUACGAGCAACUAUCCUCGGAUCACCCACCGGCCAGCCACUAUCGCAUCAUCGAUGGCUACCUGCUGCUUCACUCACGAGGCAAGGACUUACUAUGCGUCCCACACAACCGUCGCUUACGGACUCGUCUCCUCGGCGAGUACCAUGACUCGAGACUCGCCGGCCACCUCGGAGUCAACCGUACGAUCGCAAGAUUUUGGCAGCGAUUCCGAUGGCCUGACCUCAUUACCGACGGUCUUGCGACUCUUGCGAAGUUUGUCGACGAAGCAACCCGCAAUCGCAACCCCUACGCCCAGUUACGCCCGUUGCCUAUUCCACAGGAACCCCGCGUCUCCAUUGCCAUGGAUGUCACUGGCCCGUUCCCCGGGGACUGUUUUGGGCACGACGACAUUCUCACGGUCGUUGACCGUUUGAGCAAGUACACACGAUUUCUUCCUUGCAAGUACCACGCCACGGCUCCGGAACUUGCACGCCUCUUACACACCGGCUGGAUUUGCGGCCACGGCGUUCCGAAAGACAUCGUCAGCGACCACGACACUCGGUUCAUGUUGGCAUUUUGGACCUCUCUCAUGAAAGAGUCCGGCACCGAGAUGAAACCAAGUUCGGCUCGGCAUCCGCAAACGGACGGGCAGACGGAGCGGGCACAUCAAACCGCUCAAGUAAUGCUUCGCACCCCCAUCCGUACGGACCAGAAGGAUUGGGUGGACAGCCUCCCAGACAUCGAAUUCGCCUACAACACUACGGUGCACCCGGCGAUCGGCGUAACUCCGUUCGAGUUACACCACGGUGGCCGGAAAGGCCGCAUCUUCACUGAUCGUCCUUUUCCAAGGACUGCCGACAUUGACGCCGCUUGUUCACCCGCCUCCGUUCGAAAGUAUAGGGACUUGCUGGCUAAAGCCCGCGCCAACAUUCAAAAGGCUCAAGUCCGCAUGCAACAGCAAGCUAACAGGCGUCGCGUGCCAUGCCCCAUCCGCGCCGGCGACCUUGUUUGGGUCUCCACGGAAGAGCUUGCACUCGAGCAGGAUGUAUCCCGCAAGCUACUUCCAAAGUGGUUUGGACCAUGGCCCGUCACAUCAGCCACGGGUGAUGAGCCCGAUGGCCCUUCAUUCGUGAUCAAAAUCCCGCCGCACCUCACAGUGCACCCGGUUUUCCACGCCUCCAAGCUGGCCACAUAUACACCAGCCAAUUGCGACGACUUCCCAGGACGACGAUCACAGGACCCUCCUUCCAUGGAUGGUCAUCAGGAAGUCGACCUCGUCAUCACGCACCGCAAGCAUGGCAACAAGCCUAUGCAGUACAAAGUCACAUACAAGUGGUGCGACCCCGAUGACACGCGAUGGAUUUCCCGGGCAGCUUUGCGAGCCUCCGCUCCUGACAUCUAUGCUCAUUAUGAGAAGAAACGGCUAGCGACGGAAGCUGCACAGCCUCCCACCUGGACUUAAGUCCCUCCCUCCACCAGAUAGCUUCGCCCUCGC